UGAGCCCUUUCACACAGAACAUCUUCAUUUGACAGCUAAACAACAAAAACGCAAACAAAUUUUAGCAAAUUUACAUGAAGAACGAACGUAAUGUAAUUUUUACGCAAAAUAUCAUAUUUUUAACCAUUUCUUUAGUGGUACGUGGAUAAGGAAAGGAAUGUGUCUUCUGUUAGGUGCUUGCUAAACGCUCCAUUUUACAUUGUGUUGGGCAGUAGGAAGCUCGCCACCUGCUUCUGAGUUGGAAAAAAAUUGCUUCAUGUGGCUUUUACCGCACGCUAUUGCCGUGCAAUUCAUUAUACAGGAACCAACACCAUAAAAUAUGACAGAGUAAUCCAAAUGUAGUAUGAGGGUUGUUUAUGAUUGAGAAUAAUCGCUCCGUAUUACAUCACGGACGUCUUUUGCGGAUGCAGUGAAAACGAUCGGAAAGGGAAACUCCCGUUUGACGGUAGUAUGUUCGCUAUGAUGGACAACAAUGAGAACGAAAACUAUUGCUACCAGAAAAACACGAAGACGCCAGGGGAUGCUAGCAAAGGUGCCAUCCCGAAAGCUACCGCUAACAAGUAUCAGAACCAGUUCAACAACAAUAACAAUGUUGCCGAACAGGAAAAUCUAAUGCCCCAAGUAAACGGAGCGCAGGUUGCGCAUGACUAUGGUGAGCGAACCAAUAGUGACCGAACGAACAGUGGAGCCGAUUUUAGUGCCAUUCCCGCUGUUGCCACAAACAGCCUCGAAGUGGAAACUGUAGAGAACCGUUUAAACGGGAAAUCUGACAGUGCAACGUUGAACGAAUCGUAUCCCUGUGAUGAAUUAGCUGCCAGGGCGGCUGUUGACUCCGACGAAGGUGAUUUGGAUGGGGAUUUUUCCGACAACAAUUCGCUCGGUAAUCUUUCCUACAUCAGCGAAAAUGGUCUGAUCGAGGAAAUUAUUUUGUUACCAAAUAACAUUUAUUCUGAUGAUGAGAAUGAAUCCGCAUCGGACGAUUGCAUCUAUGCGUACAGGGGUGAUGACCAUGUUCCUGCGUUGCUAGAAUAUCGUGAUCAACCAGCGGAUGAUGAGACUGACUUUUUAGAAAUGGACUUCGACCCCGAACCCAGCUCGGAGUUGGAAAAUCUGCUAGAACAUCAAGAUAUUGACGUCAAUUCCUUCCAUCCUGCCCGCACUGUUGAACGACUCACCCUUCAAGACAAUGAGAAAAGUUCAGCAAAAUGCUCAAACUAUGAAAAUGAUGCUUCCCCUAACAAACAGAAAGAACCACCUGAUGAAGCAAGCGGCGCUGCUGUCUUGGACGUGAACGUUCCAGUCGAGACGAAGAAAACCGGUGCGAUUCCCAAAAAGCCUUUUGCCUAUUCGCAACAAUCAUCCUUGGAAUUGCGGGAUAACGAACUGCCGGGACCAAGUCGGUCUUCGAUGAAAGGAAACUCUAAGAACUUGAAGCUUGAUUUGAAACUUUGUACCGAUGCAAGCAGUAGAAGUGAAUUCGACUAUCGUUUCAGUUAUCCGUACUACGAACGGCAGCGAUUUUCUACUGACGGUGAUAGAGACAAUGGAUGUUGUCUAGAUUGCACGGAAAAACAAUUUUUAAUGGAAACCAAACAGGAUCUGAGUGUCCAAAGAGUUUGUCGAUCGUGUCAUUCGCGCAACCAGAGCCAAGGAAUGACGAUGGGAGAGUAUCUCAAUGAUUUAAGCCAAUCUCUCAAUGCGAGCAAUUCCGAGACGGAUCUUAUGAACAUUCGAGCGGAGCAAAUUGUACUGCAGGCUUUGAACAAGAUCAACGAAUUGAAGGCCACUCCACCCAGUGUGGGUCUGUCUCGGAGCAUGGAAGAUAUGUACGUCGAUCUGGAUUCGGAACGAAGGGAUCAGGACAUGGCGAUUGAUUUUAUGCAAGAGAUAUACGCUGAAAACACGAUAACUAUCUACACACUUAACUGCGGGGAACUGACGAUCAUUGAGGCUCUGACUCGCAUUGGUGUAGCGCCGAAUCUAGACGUUCUUCGGUUAUAUUUCUCCGAGCAGUAUAAUGUCGAUACGAGCAAAAUGAGCAUACCGAUGUAUUUGCUGUACAUGUCGAAGCGUGAUUGCAACAUCAAAAAGCUGAUCGAAACCAUCAAGUCUUGCUGUGAGGAACCGCUGGACGUACACUACUAUCCGCUUGAUCCACACUCUGAUACACCCGAAUUGGUACAAAUCAACUCGGCAGAAAUUGCAAAGAGAUGGAAUGAAAACACCAAUUUAAGACAGAUCAUCAACUUCAAACAUAGGCACUUUGAUAGGUUAAACGUGCUUGGUAAAGUUGUCAACAUUCUGCGACUCCCCCACAAAGGAAGACAUGCCAAUUUGACAAUUAAUAUCCCUCAAUAUUAUAAAAGCGGAUCCAUAACGAUAACUAGGAUAACCUAAAUCACUUCAUUGUUGUUAAAACUAUUCGCACUUAGUUUUCUUACGCUCCUACUCUCUCUAUCGCUCAUUUCUCUCUUAACAAACCUUAAAAAAUACUAUGUAACGAAAGAUUCUCAAUUAGUUAGACAUCAGGUAUGUACGGUAUAAACAUAAAACUGGCACAAGACUCGUCCGGUAUUAAUAAUUUAUUACCCAUUCCUAUGGGACACUGCUUAACUCUUGUGUAUAUUUGCGCUAUUUGUAUAAUAUGUUAAAAAUGUAAAUAUAGAUUGGCGCUUAUUUAUUAUCUAAUAAUAUAUCGCUAUUAUUUAGCAAGCCGCAUAUCCUUGUUAGCAAUUAACCCCAUGAAAUAUUAUAUUUAGAUAUAUAUAUAACUAUAGCUUAUAGAUUUACAAACACCUAACGUGUUGCUAUCGAUGUUCCCAGUUUUAGGAAGGUACAGGAUACAACAUUUUAUAAUAAAAGCUCUGCAGGCUGGACUACUUAGAUAGAAACAAGAUAACCAACAAUAAUUUACUACCAACUAUAAACAGCUCAAAAAGAAUACAAUGUAAUUUGGAAAGCGUAAUUUAUUAGCAAGACAGUUUUACCGAGUAUAUCCAUUAUACAUCUUCACAUGAAAUUUGUUAUCUCACGCAAAACCCCAUACGAUAAACACUGCUGAAAUAAACACAUGAGUAAAAGCUAAAA